CCACCUAUGAGACGAUUGUACAAGUUUGUUGAGAAAACCCUCGCAACGUCUCAUUUGCUACGCGCUUAAAAUAGAUCCUUCAUCAAUUCCACAUUAUCUUCAUCGAUUCAUCUGCGAGAAACGACGGGCAUUGAAUCAUUUCGAAUUUUGUGACUGGAAAAGAGUUUUAGCCCGCUGAGAAAACUAGUCUCCAAUCGGAUUUGGAUACCAACUCUUGAGAUUCAGAGGCAAGACACAGAAUGACUUCUUGAUGGUGGUGGAUUUUUCACGUCCUCAGGUCUAAGAACGUUUUCUUUGGCGAAUUAAAAUUUCUACCCGUUUCUGUGACGGAAAGAAAGCAAACACUACCCCCUACGGAACUCAUCGGCCGCAAGUUGAACAUUAAGCCUCGCUUUUCUACACGCAGAUUUGAACGACAAAAGGGUAACGUCGUGCGUGAAAAACCGGCCCCACACAAAUUACUCGUCCGGCUCACGAGAUCGCAGACUCCUUUUCUACCCCGAGUGAGCCCAGAACUCGACCGUCAACGAUUUCUUAAGAAACCAGGGAAUUGUACAUUUUCAAGGCUGUUAUUGGGGUUUUGUUAAUUGUAUGAGUAUUCAAGAGUCUACUUUUCAUCAGAAGUAGAAAUUCUGGAGGGCAAACACAAUGAAUAAGUCUAAAGCAAAGAUGGGCAAACCCUCCACCCCUCAAAAUACAUCGGGGAACUGCAAUGUUGCUGUAACAAAUCGCAACACACCACCUUCUAGAAACAAAUCGGACAAAGAUAUCCCAUAUGAAGGCAUUUACCAGAAUUUAAGAUUUUGUGAAACAAUUACUUCCCUCAUGGGGAAUACAGUUCAGAUCCAACUUUCGAAUGGGAAAAUAUUUGAAGGAAUUUUUAGCACGUUUUCUCCUCAGUUAGAAGUUGUUUUAGAACUGGUUCAUACAGUUGACCCCAGCCAACCUGAUAAAAUUGAUGUUAAAUCAGUUUCUAGGGAGGUUGUCUUUGGUUCCCAAAUGAUUGUGAUGAUGAGCUCCAAAGAUGUAGAACUGGACUAUGCCACUAAAGAUUUUGCCACUGAUACUUCCAUAAGCCGUUUUAAUGGGCUCAGUGGAGAAAAAGAGCUUGAACCCUGGGAGGGUGAUGGUGAUGAUUGUAACAUUUCACUGGAUAAUGCGAAUGGAUGGGAUCCUAAUGAAAUGUUUGCCAGAAAUGAAAAAGUAUAUGGAGUUCAAACUAGUUUUGUGGAGGAUUUGUCACAAUAUACGUGUAAACUAGAAAGGAGGGACUCUGCCGAAUUCAAGGAAAGAGAAGCUCAAGCAUCUAUCCUGGCUAAUAGUAUCGAAGGAAACGCUGUCUCUAAAGCGCAUGCGGACCUUGAAAACGCCAGUGACGAAGAAGAAAAGUUUUCGGCCGUGGUAAGACCUAGCCAUGAGUCUCGUGAACGCCGUGAGCCCCGAGACUUCCGAGACUUUAGUAAUCGUUCGUCUGACCGAGGCGGGAGCACAAUGGGUGGCAGCGGAGGAGGUAGCACAGCUUCUGCUAAUGCCGGCGGAGGUAGUGCCCACAGCUCCAAAUAUGUUCAUCCAAAUAAGCGGCCUAUUAAAAGCGCCAUCAACCAAAACAUGGGCAAGAUGAUGCGCUCGACGCCCCCUCCCCACGGUGCUCACGGAGGACACGCUCACCCCAACCUAGCUCCGAGACAUCAGUCGGUAGGUGGAGGAGGUGGUGGUGGAGGUGGAUCUUACCACGGUGGCAACAACUACGAUGGUGACGGUAGGGGUGUUGGUCACACUUCGCAGUCGCACCCGAACAACUCGGGUCCAGUACACCACGGAGGUGGAAGUUAUCACCAAGGCGGGCCACAGCAUCAGCCAUUCCAAGGAUCUUCGCAAGGGCGGGGCUCGUCUUCCGGUCCCUACUAUGGUCGUUCCCAAGGACCGCCUGGUGGUUAUAAUAACAAUAAAAAUUCUGCUCAACAAUCAGAUUCUCGCGUUGCGAACGGCGAUGAGCGCAAAGUCAACCGCGAUUCGGCUUACGAUUCGAAAAGCGGUCACGCUCCAUCCCAUUCACACGCCCCUAUUUCCUCGUUGCCACAACGCGAUCAUGGUCCGAAGGAACAGCGGAAGAACUAUGCUGGCAAAACCAGAGACGAUCAAAACUCGGAUCUGAAGAAGUUUAGUCAAGAUUUUCGCCUGGCUGAAAACGCCGCUGGGGAUGAGAAGAAAGCAACUCCUUCUCCUACUGCAGGAAACCCAGCUCCGGCGCCCAAUAAAACAAGUACACCUCCUCCUCCAGCUCCGAUUGCGCCCAUCGUUUCUCCAGCCCCUGGCGCCGCUCCUGCCUUGACUCCUGCCGCCCCAACCGCCCCUUCAGCUACGCCUUCUGCUCAGCCUGUCCCGGCGCAGCCAUCUCGUUCCCCGGUCGUCAGCCCUGUGCAGGUUAACACGACACCUACUCUGGUCACUCCUCCUGGUCCCAGUGUUGGCGCUCCUCGUGAAGCUACUCCUGUGGAAGAAAAAGCAGGCGAGUCCGUAGAAAAAGUGUCAGACACGCUGAAGAAAUCAAGCCUCAACCCGAAUGCGAAAGAAUUUGUGCUUAAUCCGAACGCGCGGGUUUUCGUUCCAACUCCUCCUCGGUCUCAUACUCCACAGACUCAACAAGGUGGUCAAAUGUUGAUACCUGGUCCCAUGGGCCAACUAGGACCUUCUAUGGGAGGUGGUUUGGGUGGUUCGGGUAGCCCGGCGCAAGGUCUUCCGCUGAUGCCCGUCGUUCACUACGUUCAGACGAAUCCGGGCGGAGUACAAAACCAGGGACCCAACCAAGGUGGCAAUCAACCACACUAUACAGCCCACAAUCCAGGUGGAACACGGUUCCGCAAACCAUCGCCCAUGCCUGUGAACCACCGACCUGAUUUAGCGUCGUCGAUGCAUGUAGCCGCCGCAACUGGUCAGCCAUUGAUGGCGCCUGCUCCGAUGGGUGGACCACAGAUCUUUUAUAAUCCGCCGCAAGGCGCUAUGAUGCAAGGGACACCCCAGCCUUAUCCACAGUUGUACGCGAUGCGCUUUGUAGGACCGCAGAUGCAAGGCAUGAUUUCAAAUUCAUCAUACGGUGACACAAUGACUACGGGGCACAGUCCGAUUUACAUGACGUCACACAUGUCGCCCGGACAUGGCCAAGGAGUUAACAACCAAGGUCAAAUGGCUCCUACCCAACAGCAACAGCACCACCAUCCUAACUCAACUCCUUCGCCAGCUCAACAGCACUCGAUGGCUCAGACUCAAGCCGGAAAUCCUCCUCAAUUGAUUUAUCAAACAGCCGGAGGACAUCACGGACACUCACAAGGUCCCCUUCAUAGCCACCAUGCCCCCUAUCCCAUGGUGUUAUUACCCCCAGGUCACAGCCAGCUGCCACCGGGCGUUUCCGGGCCAUCUGGAGGUCCGGGAGGUCCACAAGGCGUGCAGCUCCUUCCGCUUGGCUCGUCGGCCGCAAUGGGCAUGCCCAUACCUCAAAUUCAUUACAUUCAGCAAGCCCCCGGUAAUCAAGCACUUCAACGCUUGGGCUGAUUUUGCUUUUAGCAACAAAAUAAUUAGGAAAUUUUUUGAAUUCACUUAUCAAGUCAAGUACGGCUGGUCGGUCGAUUGAUUGAUAAUUUGUUUGAAGGAACAGGUGGGCAGCCUUCCCAUAUGCAACAAUUGGUUCCUCAUAAUCAAUAAGUUGUCCACAUACAGAUUAACAAAACAAAACAGAUAUGAAACACAAAAAAUUUCAAACCCUAUCAAAAGUCUACCUAUAAGAAUUAAAUUCAUCCUCCCCUCCAUCGAUUUUGUUCUCUAGCAAAGAAGUGAAAAGGGGGAAAGAUCACUUCCUCCUGUUCAUGAACCGACAGACGACCUAGGCAACUGGUGAAACUGAGUGAACAAAAUUUUUUGCAGUGGAUUUAUUUGGAACCAUUGCCAUCUGUUUUUGUAAAGCGCCUCUUAUUUUUUUUGGCCGUAUGAAAUAGGUGACAAAAGUUUCAAUAGCCCAUCUAAUCCGUAACUGACAGAAACGAAUAAUUUUCUUCAUAUUUUUCCCAUAUUUUCUUUCUUGCUCCUAAAAUUUUUGAAUAAUUUCAAUCUGUGCAGCUCUUAUUGUUUUUUAUAUUUUUUUUUCAGCUGCCCUUUUUUUUGAGAUAUCAAAACCCUUUUUUUUUUUGAAAAAAAACUAUCAAGUUAACAUUGGUUGGAUUGGAAUUCUUCUAAGCCCAAUUCAACUUUGGAAUCAAUUAAGAUUUUUCCUCUGGAAAAAGUCAACUACCCUACUGAGGAAUUAUUUAUUGAGAACUUUUUUUAAAAGAUUUUUUUUGUUUUAAAAUAAUUUCCCUCUUCAUUGCCCAAUAUCCUGGAAAAAAAAAUUCAAGAACACAGAAUUGGCUGAAAUUCUUCCCCCUCAAACUACUUUACUGUAGCAUUUUCUAAUGCAAAGGGAAUUAAAAAUAUAUUUGAAGAGAAACAAAA